AUGGUAUGAGGUCUGAUCUACCUAUCACACAUAGUGGCCACUGUACGAACCUCUGGAGGCAGAGUUAUCAUCUGAGGUUGCUUCAGUUGGUCAGGCCUUGGCUCAGCAUCAUUAUGUGUCAAUGAAAUAAAGUGAACUGAUCACUUGAACGUACUGAAUGACCAUCAUUCAGUGGUUACAUCAGUGGAUUUUUUUUUUUCAUGAUGAACAUAUCGUAGGACUCAAAGUGUUCUGGGGUCAUGAAGAAUCAUUUUCACACAUGAAUUGGCCAACACAUUGUACAGUAUUAUCAAAAAUAAAGACGGUUGAAUGGAAUUAUAGAUCAAAUCUUAGAGUUGUCAUUUAGGUAACACAGACUCAAAGAGUCUGCGGUUAAAUGAAUAUGAUUCUAUUUGUAUGCAUGAUGUCCACAACUAGAUGUUACACACGGUUGUUGUUUUUUAAAAGAAAUUAUCCCAUGUAUCAUAAUUUGUUUCGCAAGAUAGGCAACAAGAGAUUUGGACAGGUAGUCAAAUGUAAAAUCCACGUGACUAUUUUUGGUGCAAUAGCAUAUGAGAGGAGGAUGAGAUAUAACCAUGUGGCACAUAUGUUUAUAAGAGAGAGGGAGAGAGAGAGAGAGAGAGGAAGACAGAUUGGUUGUCUUGGUGUUUGUCGGGUGUGUGUGUGUAAGAGAGAGAAAAAGAGAGUGAGAGAAAUUAAGAAUGCUGAUUCAGUUAAGCUCUGGUUUAGGUAUGAAUCCAUGGUCAUAGCGACCAUAAACAUGCAGGGUGGGGGUCUUUUCUCACAUUGUGUUGUGGCCUGAAUUCUGCAAACUUUAAACACAGAAACCUCAAAAACCCUGAGGCAAUGUUCUGUUCUUAGUUUACUAUGUAGUGAGAAAAGAACAGUAGUGAAACAAAAAAUACACGUCAUGUGACUGUCAGGCUGCUGCAGGUGUGACCUUAAUGGACCAAACUCUUUACAUUAUACACAUACACAGAGAGAGAGAGAGAGAGAGAGAGAGAGAGAAUAAGGGGGUGAAUGUUUUGGAAUUAAAGGUAAAAAUGUCAAAAAUAAAUGUUAAUGGAAAUACUGAAGGAGGAAAGCAGGUUAAAAGGCGGCUGCGAGAGCGCAUUGCUGUUUGGUGGUCUUAGGUUUGUAGCACAUAGAGUUUUUAUAUGAGUCAUGUCUUUGACAUUUAUGAAGGCAGCUUCGUGUAACUUCAUGUUCAGAAGCUUUUGGGGGUCCUACUUGCUCAUAUCUCACUCCUCGUGUAGUCUCUCAAGAUGAACCUGAUCUUGUGGUGUGGUUUCCUUCUACUGGCAUACUUCAUCUGUAACGUCCAUUCACAAGAGUGUGGUACGAAUCAAUAUAAAUUUCGAGAAAACAAUGAAAAGUGCUGCCAGAAAUGUCAUCCAGGUGAACGCAUGGAUAAGAGAUGUACAGCAAAUCGUGACACGGUGUGUAUACCAUGCAGUCCUGACUUCUUCAUGACUGAAUUCAGUACUGAAAUGGAAUGCAAAAGGUGCACCCAAUGUACUAAAGAAUACAUGGUGUAUAAGGUGAACUGCUCCAAGGCUACAGACGCAUUGUGUGACUGCGAGAGUGGUUACAAAUGCAACGACAACAAGUGCACAGACUGUGUGAAAAUCCCCAAAACAACACCACCACCAACAACAACAACAAAAACAUCGGCAAUAAUCGUUACUACCAAAAUGGAUAAGCAAUCAUUCACCCAAGACACACACCUCCAUGUGGAUGGAUCAUGUCGGCUUCAGCUGGUUCUUUUUGGGGCUCCAGAAAAAGUUACAGUGAAUCCAGUCAGUGCUCAGAAGAGGAGGAAGUGCCAAUGCCAGUCCAAGAGGUGUCUGGACAUGAAGAGUGGCAGAAAAAGGUCUGAGGGAGGCAGGAGAAAGCCGCAAGGAAUAGGAAGAAAAAGGCACAUAAGAGUGUGGAUUGACUAUGUACUGUAA